AUGAAGAUCGAGGUGCGAAAGCCCGAGAACGAUGAAGUGACGUUAGCACUUAAAACCGGCGCAGGUGCUAGUGCCGCCUCGCCACCAAACAACGCCCGUGGAUUCAAGUCCUUGGCAGCGAGUGGCAACCCACCCACCGCCCAUCCAACGCAACUCACUACAUCAAGAGCAUCGUCAAUAAGCGCAAGAGUUCCUGAUAAAUUGUUCUACAAGGCUGCUUAUGUUAAAGGGAGUCCGUUGGGGUACCCGGUUCCAGGCGAUGACAGUGUGCUAAAGAGAGAAGCGCUUUCCGUGACUUCGCGGAUCCUCCGUCUGCUCCGUCUGCUCUACCCUGCGACUGGACUUGGUCCAAGUCGUGUCCCUGUGAAUCUACAGGCCGGUUGUCGUGAACUACAAGUACUCAUUGAGAGAGCAGUUGCUGUCGCUGGAGGUGGGGCGGCUGUCCCAGCUAACCAGGUGGAUUGGCUGAAGUCCCAGGCUCAGGGACUUGAAGUCAAGUUUCAAAAGGCUAACCGAGCCUGCAAGGUUGGCAGCAACAACGGACUCUCCAAGCUUGGGGAAGUGUGGCAAUUACCAGAUCCCCCGAAAGACACAUUUCAUAGCUUGAAGAUGCCUUUCCAGCAGAAAGAAUUCUCUCAGCCGCCACAUCCACCAGUCGGGACACCCGAGAACUCAGAGACGGCAAAGCCUUGGUACAACGUUGCACCUGGAAUCUGGGAACUGCAUCUAAAUGGUGAGAAGAAUUCAGAACAGAGGGCUGUUCUACAGUGGUGGGAGCCGAAUGCGGUAUCUGCCACUGACGAGGCAAUAACCCAUACUUAUAUCGAAGAAGUGUGUAUUGUUCAGGGAGAACUCGAGGAUGUGACACUGGGGCAAGCUUGGUCGACAGGUGCAUACGCAUAUCGCAAUCCGGGCAUGGAGCACGGCCCAUACAAAGCUUCGGCAUCAGGUUGCCUGAUGUUUGUCAAGGUGCUUCCUGGGAGCAAACCCGGGUAUUCACUCGACUGA